AUGCUCGUAGGAUACCUCAAACACGCCUGUGGAAUGUUUAAGAUUGCCAGCUACCGUAUUGAACGAGCAAUGAUAAACAAAAUUUUUAAAAAUAACAUAAAGAAUGAAAUUACAAUUUAUAAGGCAAUGAUUUAUGCUGUCGAUAUCCAUCGUAAAGCUAUGAAAUAUGCUGAAUUUUUAAUAUCCAAUUUUGAGGGCACGUUCUUGCUUUUAAUCGCAGUUAGUGUGUGUUGCUUGAGUUUAAACUUAUUCCGAAUUUUUGAAAGUGUAACAUUUGGCAACAACAAAGAAGAAUUUUUAUUACAUUUUACGAUUGUAGGUGUUAUUCUUUUAUACGCGUUCUUAGCUAACUAUGCUGGACAAGAAAUCACGGAUCACAAUAAUCAUGUCUUUUCCACUGCGUAUAAUAUUCGCUGGUAUACAGCGCCGUUAUCCAUACAGAAACUAAUAUUAUUUUUAUUACAAAGGGGUAGCAAAACUUUCAGUUUAAACGUCAGUGGAUUAUUUCAAGCAUCCAUAAAAUGCUUCGCUUCAUUAAUGAGUACAUCAAUAUCUUACUUCACUGUCAUAUACUCUACACAGCAAUGA